AUGAAGUUCUCUCUUCUCGCCCUGGCCAUGGCCACCGCCGCCUUUGCUAGCCCUAUGGAUAUCGAGGCUCGCGCUCUGACCGAAGGAAACGAGCUGCGCGAUGGCGAGUGUAAAGAUAUCACCUUCAUCUUUGCCCGUGCCAGUACCGAGCCGGGUCUUCUGGGUAUCUCCGUCGGUCCGGCGAUCUGCAAUGAUCUCAAGUCGUCCAAGCCCGGCAAGGUAGCCUGUCAGGGCGUGGGGCCCAACUACACGGCCGAUCUACCGUCGAAUGCGCUCCCCGGCAACACCUCGCCGGCGGCGAUCGCCGAGUCCAAGGGCCUGUUCGAAGAGGCAGUGAAGAAGUGUCCCAACACGCAGAUUGUUGCUGGUGGCUAUAGCCAGGGCACUGCUGUCAUGGACGACUCGAUCAAGAAGCUCUCGUCGGAUGUGCAGGACAAGAUCAAGGGUGUUGUUCUGUUCGGUUACACGCGCAAUGCGCAGGAGAACGGCCAGAUCCAGGGCUUUGACAAGGACAAGACCAAGAUCUACUGUGCGGUUGGAGAUAUGGUCUGUGAUGGUACUCUGAUUAUCACCGCUGCCCACUUCACUUACGUGGCGGAUGCUGGCGCUGCUACGAAGUGGUUGGUGUCGAAGUUGGAUUAA